AUGUAUUGUUGCCCGCUCGACAUUCCAGAGCUAAGUCAAAUAGAGGCAUCCGCGUGUAGGUUAGCGCUCACCGGCCACAGGCCGCUUGUACUAGUCUCAGCCUACCUCUCGGGGAAUAGAACCUUACUUCAAAGCGACCUAGAUACGCUACUUAACUUACCUUCCGUGAUAAUUGCAGGAGAUCUAAACUGCAAACACGGCUCAUGGGACACCAACAGCAUCCCAAAUAACAACGGAAAGCAUCUCUUUAGCUUAUCCGAUAACCUAAACUUUAGCAUAGUCGCUCCCGCGACUCCCACUAGGUAUCCUACGGUGGACAACUACCGACACGCAUCACCGAGUAUCCUAGAUAUCAUGUUAUUCAAGGAGGUCUCGCUCGACAUCGAGUCGAUAGAGACAAUCCACGAACUAGAUUCAGAUCACAGGCCCGUCCUGUGUAAACUGGGCCAGAACGCCGGCGCGGUCCCUCCGACCAAAUCCGUAGUGGACUGGCAUCGUCUUGAGGUCAAACUCAAGGCCUUGGACCCCCAGGACUUAAUCGAACUACCCGAGACGAUAUCUACGUUCGAUGACGCAAAUCGAGCGAUAGCCAAUCUCCGAGAAACCAUUACUUCCGCAGUCACAGACUCGGAACGGACGCUAGAAGUCAAAGAUCGUGUAUCGGAACACCGACAUACAACGUGGGACAAUCUCCUAGAGGACAUCAAGCCAUCGCACACCGCCUACUGGCGGUUGGCCCGCAGUCUGAAAGCAGACCCCCGCGAAUCUCUACCGCCGUUAGUUAGACCUAAUAGCGCUUCAGUAGCCCUAGAUGACUCCGAAAAAGCCGAAUGCCUUGCGGACAACCUAGAGCAGCAAUGUACGCCAUCUCGCGAACACACCGAUACAGUCCACCUAACGGAGGUGGACCGCGUAAUCGAGACUAGGGCUGCGCUUCCACCGGAAGGCGAACCUUUAAAUUCAGUGACCCCCGAAGAGGUCCAGGAUAUUAUUAAAAAUCUAAAACCGAAAUCCGCCCCGGGCCCAGAUAAUAUCAGUAACAAAAUUCUUAAAGCUCUCCCUGGGCCGCUUAUCUGUUUACUGGCGACCAUUUACAACACUUUACUCUCCAGUUGCCCCUUUCCCGACGACUGGAAAGAAGCCACGGUUAUCGGCAUUCGCAAGCCGAAUAAACCAGCCAACCAGCCCUCUAGUUAUCGUCCCAUCAGCCUCCUCAGUUGCCUGGGGAAGCUCUACGAGCGGCUUUUAUUAAACAGGCUCAAUGAACACGUGUUUACCAACGGCCUUCUGCCGGCGGAACAAUUCGGCUUUCGAGCUAGACAUUCCUGUCCCGAUCAACUAUUCCGCCUAACGGAACAUAUCCUAAAAGGCCUAAAUCACCCUAAACAUAUUAGUACAGGGGCUCUCUUCUUCGAUGUCGCAAAAGCAUUCGACAAGGUCUGGCACAACGGCUUGCUUUACAAGCUGUACACACUCAAAGUGCCAGAUAGGCUCGUACACACCAUCCGGGCCUUCCUAUCAAACCGCUCUUUUCGAUAUCGAGUUGAAGGCACCCUCUCCACAAGCCGCCGCCUCACGGCCGGCGUACCACAAGGCUCCUGCCUCUCACUUUUGCUCUUUACGCUCUACACGAGCGAUAUACCUAAAGACCCCCACGUCAAUCUCGCGCUUUUCGCGGAUGACACGGCGCUCUUUUAUUCAGACCGCAACCUUAGACUACUAACCACUCGACUCCAAAGCGCCGCCGACCGCCUCGGCGACUUGUUCCGCAAAUGGAGAAUAGAAAUAAAUCCCGAAAAGAGUGUAGCGAUUCACUUCACACGAAGUACUUACCCGUCACAUCUUUAUAAUGGUCCUCGCCAAUGCAGAAAGUUGGGGCAAUUAUCCCUUUAUGGCCAACCGCUCCCCUGGGAGAAAAAGGUCAAAUACUUAGGAGUCACUUUCGACUCGCGUAUGUCAUUUACAACGCACAUUAAUAACGUUCGUAAUAGAGCCGCGUUCGUCUCCAGCCGGCUACACAAUUUAACUAACGCUAAAAGUAAAAUGCCCUUAAGGCACAAAUUAUUAUUAUAUAAGACCUGCGUACGACCUAUUAUGUCCUACGCAUGCAUGAUCUUCGCCCACACGCACCCUACUCGCUUGUACAAGCUGCAAAUAGUACAAAAUAAGUUCAUCCGCCAUGCAACCGGUGCGCAGUGGUAUCAACGCAACGUCGAUCUGCACAGCGAUUGCAGACUCCCGAUGAUUCGCGAAUAUUUUAAAGACCUGACCAAACGGUUCUUCGAUAGAGCCGAACAUCAUCCCAACCCUCUGGUGGUAAGCGCAGCAAAUUACCAACCCGACACAAACGCGAACGCCAACAAGCGUCGCCCGCGAAACGUCCUCAUCGACCCGGUCGAGGAAGGGGACUUAGAUAUGCCGGACCCACCGCCGGGGGUCCCGCCGGACAACACUACACCCACAGUUAGUGCAACAACUAAUACACUAGUUCGCCCUCGCCUCCGAGCACGGCGAGACCAACACAACGCGUACACAAGGUACACCCGCGUUCCAGGGCGGUUCUCACCGCUCGCAGCCACCGAU